AUGGCCGACCGAACCCAAGACAAGACUCACGGUGUGGUCAACGAUGUGAAAUCAGCCUUGAAGGGAAUCAAAGGCACUGGCGAUGCUAUUCGUGGCACAGUCAAUGAGUCUGUAGACACGGCGUUCAACGACAAGCAAGGAGUGGCUGCCAACCGUGCUGUCAAAGAACAGGGAGAAGCCAAUAUGAGAACCGCCGAUCAGAAACUCAGUCAACCUCAUAGUGCGGACACCACUUCAUCGGGGCUUCGGACAGGAGGAGUGACUGGGGGAACAACCACCACCGCUCAUGGGACCACUACCGGUGCUGGUGCUCAUUCCGGAGGUGUGGGCAACUUGAGGAGUGAUGUGCCUCAGACAGGACUUGGUGGGGAGCCUGCACCGACGAGAGAAAGAUAUUGA